UAUUUCCGUUUUUCUCCACAUUGUUUUUUGCUACGAUUUACUCAAAACGCACUUUUAAAUAGUAUCCCAUCUAGUAGUUACUUUUACUGGUGUUACUGCCUUUGCUUUCCUUCUUAUUGCCUACAUUAUCCAAGGCUGUCUGCCUGGAAUACACCUAUACAUCCGAACAGCUUUCCGCAACUCUGCUCUCAGCAGCUAUUUUCCUCGCCUUAUAUCCUUACGCAUUCAUAUACAAGUAGUCCUUUUCUUUACAAGACGCUAAACAUUUAUUUCUACUAAAAUGGACAACCACCACAACGUGCAUCAGCCCAAGGCCAAGAGCCAGCAGCCGCAGGGAGAGCUUGCCGCUCUUCUUCAGCCUCAUGGUGCAUGGGAGUCUGAGGUUUACUCAAUGCCCAGCAAGGAUAUUAACCGCUCGAGUAGUGCUCCACCCACCCAGCUUAUGAUGUCUGAAUUCGCAAAGGGUGGAUAUGCAGAGGAACUUGGAUCCAAAUUUGAUCAGGUAUACCCGCCCUAUCAACAGCAAUCUCGGCAGCAGCAUAGUCAACAGCAAAACACUCAGCAGCAGGGACAGCAACAGAACCAGGGAUUUGAUUUUGAACAGCAGAUGUAUCUGCCCAACCAAUCAUGGCAUAUGUGGGCUCCCCUAUCUUCUGGCACUAAACCUCGACGAUUCGAUAUUGCCUCGCCCAUGACUCCACAGCCUCGCCCUACUGAUCAUUUUGGAUUUUCCAAUCAACAGGAUGAAUCUUCUCCAACAUACUUUUCUCAGCGUCCUUCGGGUGCAUCCCGUAUUCAAACAUCUUCACCUUGGUCAAAGACUGAUGUUCCUUCGCCGAUCGGCAUGCGAUCAGGUGGUUUAAUGGAUCAUUCAAACUCAUCCAAGGGACCAGCUAACAUGGUUCGACGUCGCAACUUUGAUAUCCAAGAUGACUAUUCGCGGUCAUUGUCUCCAGGAUAUGCCCACCGUCAGCAGGCAGGAGGCGAUAUGGCCUUUCAAGACCUUAUGUAUGAUCAUAAGAGUGAUCAGGAUGGGGGUGAUGCUGAGCAGCAUAUUGCUACCGUUCUUAGCGUUGCAUUGGAUGGUGGGCGAGAGGAUGGUUUGAUGAACCCAAUUCCUCGUGCAGCAUCUACUCCACCCGGACGCUUGUUUGGAAAUGCUGCACGUAACCUAGAGCCUCCCGGGCUAUCUGGCGGUUCAGACCAAAUCCCACCUGAAGUUUUGCAUUCUAUGCGGAAUAUGAACAUUACUGAAGAUGAGUUUAAAGGAUAUCAUCCAUCAGGUGGAAAGCCAACCAAAAUCGGUACGUUGCGCGGCGAGAAAUACUACGAUAGUCCCCAUAGCGCUACUAAUGUGAAUAACACAAAUUUGGGCUAUGGUGCACCUUCUCAAAGAGAACUUGAUAUGCUAGCAGCAUAUGAGCUUCAACAACGUGCCUCUAGGGGAGGUAUGUUUGAUUCGGGAACUAUUUUUGUCCCUAACCGACCUGCCAGUGCGCAAGGCCGAUUUGUUGCUACAAAUGGACGGGUUGCUGGAGCUCCUCCCGGUUUCGAUUAUAAACCUAAUGAAGGCUACAUGUCUCCGACUGUGAUCCAGGCACUGGCAGCCCUUUCCACAGCCGGAAAUCUUUCAGCUCAGCAGAUUCAACAGAUUCAAAUGCAAAUGGCUCUUAAUUCUGGCCAAGGUGCGACAAGUCCCGUUGGUAAUGGAAGUUCACGUGAUGCGAAACAAAAGCCACGACGUGAUUUUUCAUCCCCAACUAAUGGCAGCUUUUCGGGCUCUGUUAGUGGUACUCGUCGCGAAGGGCGUAGUGAAAUGUCUAGUCCGACUAUGGAUUCUGCUACUGUGAGGUCGGCUUUGUUGGAGGAAUUUCGAAAUGCCAAAAACAAAAAGUUUGAACUUGGUGAUAUUGUUGGCAGCAUUGUCGAGUUUUCUGGAGACCAGCAUGGAUCUCGAUUUAUUCAGCAAAAACUGGAAACAUGCACUAAUGACGAGAAACAGCUGGUCUUUGAUGAGAUUAUGCCCAAUGCAUUGCAACUCAUGACAGAUGUUUUUGGAAACUAUGUUAUUCAAAAGAUUUUUGAAUACGGUAGUGCUGCUCAAAAACAGAUUCUUGCAGAACUUAUGGAAGGAAGUGUAUUGGAACUUUCUUUACAGAUGUACGGAUGUCGCGUAGUUCAAAAGGCAUUUGAGCAUGUUCCGAUUGAGCAGCAGGCUCGGUUGAUUCAUGAGCUAGAUGGAAAUGUACUCAAAUGUGUUAAAGAUCAAAAUGGCAAUCACGUUAUCCAAAAGGCAAUUGAGCGAGUUUCUGCUGAACAUAUAAAGUUUAUUAUCGAUGCAUUUCAUGGGCAAGUGUACGCUUUGGCGACUCAUCCCUAUGGCUGUCGUGUUAUUCAGCGCAUAUUUGAACACUGUAGCGAGGAGGAAACCCAGCCUCUUCUCGGAGAAUUGCAUCGCUAUGCAAUCAGUCUUAUUCAAGACCAGUAUGGCAACUAUGUUAUUCAGCAUAUUCUUGAGCGUGGUCGUCCUUCCGAUAAACUUUUUGUAAUCAACAAAGUAAAGGGUCAGAUUCUUACAAUGUCCAAGCACAAAUUUGCCUCGAACGUGGUAGAAAAAUGUGUUGCUUUUGGCUCCCCUGCAGAUCGCCAAGAUAUUAUUGACGAGGUCGCAACUACAAAGUCGGACGGCACCACUGCGUUGUUUACAAUGAUGAAAGAUCAAUUUGCAAACUAUGUAGUUCAAAAGAUGCUUGAUGUUGCCAGCGAACCUCAGAAAGUUAUGUUGGUCACAAAAAUUAAACCUCAACUCCCCUCGCUUAAAAAGUUUACAUAUGGAAAGCAUUUGAUUAGCAAGGUGGAGAAGUUGAUAAUUCAAUACAACAUCGAAUAGAUGGUCUGGUUAAGAUUUGGCCUUCUACAACUUUUGCCUUGUUUGUAAAAUGCUGAGGGCAAUAGUUGCUUGUCUGGUUGAUUGCUUCUGUUUCUCACUACUUGUCAACUUUUUUCUGAUUCUGUCUUUGCCAUUCUGGUUUAUAGUUCCCCCCUUAUUUUCUACGUCCUCUGGUCUUUUCGACCUUUUUGUUGGCCUCAUUCCUACUAGCUCUUAUAACGAGAAAAUGCUGUUUGUUGCCAACUCGUUUAUCUCACGUUUGCGCUGCAUAGCUUCAGUUUUCCACCAAAAGAAUUUAUCAAAUCUCUUUUGCUUGAUAUUGGGUCCACUUUUUUCGGCACUCAGCUUGGAGGAGAUGCUGGAUUGUAUGCAAAAAUAAAAACAAAUAGCCGAAAAUAUUGUCAUCU